AUGGGUUCUUGCGGCGAUUACAAGUAUUUUAAACAUCUAACGCAAAACAAAUUGGGCAUGACUUAUUUGAAAGUGUUACCAGCUCCCAGUGCGAUCGCUGAGUUCAAACAAAAAUUGAGUGUGUUGUUGGCUGUUGCUUAUGAUGACUAUAUUGAAUGUUUGCGAAAAACCGAGCUGAAAGAUGACAAAUAUGUCCUAACGGUUGCUGAUGUUCGUGCUGUUUUGGGAGAACAGUAUAUAAAGAUUUGGCCAAGGAUAAUUGAGAUAGCAACGGCGCUAGGAGUGAAACUGAGCUUAGAACAAAAUGUGGCACAGAUAAUUGACAAGAAAGAUGGUGAAAUUGGUGGUGAUGAACGCUCCCGUUAUAAGGACAAUGCUAGUCAGAAGAAAAAAGGAUGGAAUAGUGUCGAAGCUGAUAAUGUGGUACAAACCAUUGAUGCUGUAAUUGAUGUUGAUGAGAAUCUGGCAUUAAUUGAAGAAAAAGCAGGUUAUAGAACAGCCGAAGCGAAUGAACAGCGCACUUUAGAAAAUGAAUUGGAAAUACGCAAUGAGAUGAUUGACAAAAUGUGUAUUGAAAUGGAAAAUAUAUCCUGGAGCUUUGGCGAAAUAGAUUUGUGCAAGGAAAUACUAGAAUUGCGGACAGUUAUAGUUACACGUUCCUUGUUGAUGCAGAAUAAUAUGCGUCAGGCAGUUAACAAUGGUGUGGCUCUUGACUGUUUGAAACAAUGUGGUUUGCUGGUUGCUGGUCGGUUUGUUAGAGGAAAGCCAGGCGAGGAAGGAAUGGCGUUCAUUAAAUGUUUGCCAUCGUCAAAAUCGGUACAAUAUUCUUGUUUAAAAUUACCAUUGAAUGAUUAUAAACCGAAGAUGAGAGAUAAAAUGAAUCGUUCGCCAUUAGCCGUAUCUAAGAUCCUUGAACAGCGUCAUUUAGUUUCACUUAACGAUAAGCAAAUGGAUUUGCUCAUGACAUUAAACAGAUUCAGUUUACGCGAACUUGCUUUUUUGUAUGCGAUUGACAAGCAAGUGCCGGAAGUUGUUGAUGGAAGGUGGGAGGUUGUAUUUGAGAUGUUCUCAACAUUCUGUGAUGGAAAAGUGGACAGCAGAUUAAACGUUUUUCGGCUUGAAUGUUUGGUGAAAAAGUUGAAUGCAAAUGGGUAUUUACAAUUACUUGAUAUAGCUAGUUUGAACUCUGUUCUCGAACGUUAUGUAUGCAAACCACCCUUGGCGAGUGAAUAUCUUUUGCCGUUCACAAGUGUUUGUCUAAAAUGUGAUGCUCAAUUGACAACUAAAUUAGCAAGUGUUAUUCUUUUAUUCAAAUUGGAAAAUCGGGUUCUGGGAAAUGUUUAUCAAUGUGCUGUACAACUGGGUUGCGGCGAUCGCCCCACGAAUGGAAGGAAAAAACGUUCGUUCGAAGAACUUGAGAGAGAAGAUGAUAUGAAUGGGAACAAGGAGGAAGGGGGUUUUCUAUGUGCGGAAUGUAUCGGUAACAGACAGGAGUGGAUUGAGGAAAGUUUUAGCAACGAUUGUUGUGCUCAUAUGGGAAUACGAAUUGGUGGUGCACAUCAGCAAGUUGAGGAAACGUUGAAUCAAGCAUCAAAAUUAUUUGCGAAAUUGAGUGAAAAAAAUGCUAAAAAGAAUCCUACGGGGGAAAUACCGAAAACUGAUCAACAGCAACAGGAACUCGUACAAGAACAACACAACAUGAAUAUAAGCGGGGACGAAUGCGGCUAA